AUGAGUCAGUCUCCAACCUACCAAAGGGAUUCUGCGUCUGCAUCUCCUGAGAGCCCUAAAGAAGGUGACUUCUCCCCUCGACAGCUUUAUGACAACCUGAAGAGCCUGGAGGAGCAAGAGACAUGCGACAACCAGAGAGAUCCCAUUGUCAAUAUCAUAACCGACAACUACUCCAGCUCUCUUUUGAACGCUCAAAUCUGCGCUCCGCUAGUGGCAAAUGACCUUGGGAAACUAUGUGCUGGCACACUUCCACAAGAACAACUGAAGAAAAGCCAUUGGAGAGACCCAAGACGCUUCAGUACAUCACCUAUAAAAGAGAAUCCUCCAGGCUCGCCAGAGUUCAUGGAGGUUCUCUCACUGGAUGGAAGAUUCAUCACGUUGGUGGGCGCUCAGACCCAGACAGAUUGGGAGUGGGUGGAGCAGAACCUCUUCUUCAGCUGUCAAGUUCAAAAGGAAACUGAAAAUCCCCCGUUGUUGCAGGCAGAGGUGGAGCCAGGAGAUGAAAAGAUGGCCGAGAUUGAGCACAAUAUACCGAGUGUGGGUCUGCCUCGUCUCAUAGCACACAAGCCAGAGCCAAAACAAACUCCUCAUGUUAGAGAGGUUCCACAGGUUGAAUCUAAACAGGAUGGGCUUCUUGCACAGUGUGACUAUUGCCAGCAGCUCUGCCAGCCCUUCAUACACGGUGAGAUGUUGGAAAAUGAAACACACUUUAAGAGGCUCUUUUGUUGCAAACAAGCUAAACAAAUGAGAGAGCUUAUUAUGGGAGAGAGAGAAAGAUUGGCACAGAAGGAGUCAGCUAGGAAGAUUGAUGUGAAGCCGCAUGAUCCUGUCAUGAGUGAGGAGGAGAGGGAAGCCGCUAAAAAGCAGGCUAAGGAGAGGUUGAAGCUUUUGCGAGUCUGGAGAAAAGCAGGCAACUUGAUUGUAGACUUUGACAACAACAGUGAGCCUUCAAUGCCUCCGAUAAAGGUCAACAACAAAACUACUGACUUGUUCUCAGUAAAAGAACAAACAGACGGUGAGCCAAAGCUCAAGGAAUUGAUUAGGAAGUUCUACAAAAGUGGGAAGGGCUUUCUAACCCUAUGUCCAGAUGGAACCGGAAAUGUUUUUUACCCUUCUGGGAAAGCAGCCAUUAUAAUAUCCUCCUCAGAAGGUGCGGACUUCACUUACAUCAUCUUGGAGGACAAUGAUGUAUCGCCCAGCAUCAAAGGCAUUUUCACAAAUAAAGGCCAUGCCACAUGCUAUCAUCGCACCGGAAUGAUGUGGUUGAAUUUGACCCCUGGUGGAGGUCUCUGCUUCAGUGAGACAGGAGCUUUGAGGAGGCGUUGGAAUUGGUUGUACGGUGACCCGCAUGUACGUAACCUCCCCUUCAAGCCUCUGACCUUUGCCUUGGCCCCACACAUCAGUGUGCGCAUACACUCACAGGAACGCAUGAGCAUCACCUUCGCACAUAAGCAAAACAGAGUGCACUUCAAUGUGGGGUCAAAGCUCAUUUCUCCAGAGAGUCAUGGCAAGCUCGGGCAAGAUGUUCUGGAGAGAUAUAUCCAAAUGAAGAGCUCAGAGAUUCACUCUCUGCUUGGCCAGAUGCAGACCUUCAUGUCCCACCACUCUGCGAGGCUGAGGAACAUUAAGUCACAUUACAGUUUCAUCGCCCAGGCGCAGCGGCUUAGCAGACAAAUGGAAAAGGAGGAGUCACCUGAAGAGACAAAGGCCCAUGUGAAUUAA